AUGAACACGGAGGCGACCGUGGACAACAACUUUGAGCUAUUCGAGGCGCAGCGAGUGGAGGAGAUUAAGGAUAUUUUGGAGGAGUUUCUUCGAUGCGAGCUCUACUACCACUGUCGGGCGCUGGAGGUGUUGGGACCGGCAUUGAUGCACAUCGGUGGGGUAGACCCCGAAUCGGCAAGGGAGAAUAUGCGCGAGGAUAUCGAAGGCAUGAACAAGCAGCUUCGCUACACGUGACCCGGGUGGAGGCGAAGCACGGAAAAUGUACUCCGAAACCUCACCCAAGCUAUGGUGGCAAUAUUUUCCGUACACCCGUAUCGGUUCUGUAUCAGACAUUUGCGUUCUACUUCACACGUUCUCUGCCAUACUUUUCCAUGAUGCUCGUAGUAAAAAUGUCACUAAUCAUUCACCAAGCGAAGGCCGGCGCAUGCAACUGCUUGGCAAAUUUCGUAGCGCAUGUGCUGUCGUUCGCAAAACGGUCGCCGUCAGGCCUCUCGAGCACGUUAGGGCCGUUUUGUCGCGUUCCCCCCAAUUUGUCACUGUUUCCAUAGUGGGGAACUUGGCGAAGCUACCUUCCGUGUCCAGUACGUUGUUUUGGAAGUGUUUUGUCAAUGUUCAGUACCACUGCUCAAGUGUGGCGUAUGCCCUAUCUUCUGUGUUAUGUAGCGCAUGUGGAGGGAAGAAUUGCUGUAUGUGGUUUUCUCGACGUUCGGUGACCGACCUUAGUCUCUGUGAAACCGUCGGAUUAUCUGACUGUCUCUAGGUGUCCUUGUCAUCCCCUGGAUGCUACGGACUUGCUGCCUGGACUUCGAUCGUCUACUUGGUGUACGCGUCUGCUUGUAUUGUUUAUAACUGGCAGUAGAUUGGC